UGGAGUAGGAUAAGAGUAAGGGGCAGAGCACAGACAGGGUAUGAAGGUGCAGAGCAUAGAGCGAGUACAGUGUGACAGGGAGAGGGCACAGCUGAUUGAAAGGUGGGCACAAGAGUGACAAGUGCCACAGUGAUGGGGAGAAAGUGACAGGUGCAGAGAGGAGGAGGAGGGCUUGAUUCCACCCCCCCAACACACGUGACCCCAAGUGACACCCACCUGGUGUAGCACAGGGACUUCCAGCAGAGCAAUAGCUUUGGACUUGUUUCAUGGGCGCAGUGGGGUGGGGUGGUUUAAGAAUGCAACGAGGACCUCGCCUGCCAACAGGGCCCCCAGUGGAGAAUGCAGGGGAGCUGCGGAAUGUAUUAAGGUUGCAGAGCAUCCUCAAGAUGCAGAGCAAAAUGGCAAUGCAGAGCAUAAAGGAUGUGCAGAGUGCAGGGGAGCUGCAUGGAGGAACAGAAACACAAAACAGAGCAGAUUUGCAUCGUCCCGUGAGUAAGUACAACACAGCGGACAUACACAAUGGGACGAUGCAGAGCAGAGAAGAGUUGCACAGCACAGCAGAGGGGGGGAGCCUGCCUACAGAACCUCACAAGUACUGUCCCAACUCAGGAGAGGACAACCUGAACCCCACUUUCCCAUUACCCCCCAGGAUUCAUCUCUUGCCCACCAGCAGUUGUUCCUACAACCAGGAAUACUCACCAGAAGCGGCAGAAGCCAAUAAUUACCCCAAAAGGCAUGGGGACCUCUCUUACCCAUUGUCCCUACAGCCUGUACUGCCCCCCACUAACCCCAGUAGCACCCCCGAGUGUCAGCGCUCAGGCAAAAUCCACAUCACCCUCACUAACUACUCACUAUGGGACAAGUUUCACAAACACCAGACCGAAAUGAUCAUCACCAAGCAGGGAAGACGUAUGUUUCCAUUUCUCUCUUUCCGAGUGGAGGGCCUGAAUCCCGUGGCUCAAUACAAUCUGCACGUUGAUGUGGUGCUGGCCAAUCAGAAUCACUGGCGAUACCAGGGGGGAAAAUGGAUCCCGUGUGGCAAAGCGGAGGGCAACAUACCAGGUAACCGGAGCUACCAGCACCCCGACUCCCCCAACACCGGGGCCCACUGGAUGCGACAGGAGGUGACCUUCAGUAAACUCAAGCUCACCAACAACAAGGGGGCGUCCAAUAAAGUGUCACAGAUGGUGGUAGUUCAGUCCUUGCACAAGUACCAGCCACGGAUUCAUGUGACGUGUGUAGAGGAUCCCGGGGGUCCAGAAAGCCAAAGUCACUCGUUUAUCUUCCCGGAGACCCAGUUUAUUGCUGUGACAGCCUAUCAAAAUGCAGACAUCACGCAGCUGAAAAUAGAUCAUAACCCAUUCGCCAAAGGAUUUCGAGAUUACUGUGACCUGAUGUGUCUUACGCCUAAUGGCGAGCGUGUGACUCCAUCACCACCAGUCCGUUAUUCAAACUACCUGCAAGAACCUUUGCCUUCUGGACGCCUGUAUUCCAUGGAACAAAAAGAGCCCCCAUCAUGGUACCUUUCAUCACAGAACAUUGCUCCACAGCUUGAAUACGCCCCCUAUGACCCUGCAGCCAAGAUGGCAGCGACAUAUGCCAUGAAGUGUUACCCACAACCGUCGCCCUUGAGUUAUUAUCCUGAGCACACACUUUCAUCAGCAUGGGCUGGACCUGUUCAGUAUCACCCCAAACCCGGUCCUGCAGCUCUAGGCUGGCUGCGCCCAUUGUUAGAGGUGCAAAAGGAGGAGGAUGAAGCUUGUCCUUGGGGAGAGCCCACUGCAUAUACUGGAUAUGAAGAGAACAAACGAAGGAGAUUAUCACCUUACAGCUCAGACGGUUCUCCACAAAUGACUGAAAGGGACAUAGAUCUGACUUAUUGCAGUUACUACAGCCAGUGACACAAGAGGGUGUUUCAGAGACAAAUGCUGACAGCGUUGAACUUCACAAAGGCAUCAAGAACUUGCACGAAUAGCACUGAUGCCAGUUGAAGUGGAGUGCUGUGGGGCCACUGAUAUUUUACGCCUUAAACCACUGCAUGGUAUGAAACAGAAACUCCUGCGGAAAGAGACGGCCAAAGAAUCAAGGAGAAAGCCGCUAGUAGCACUGCGACUUCAGUAGACCAGGCAGAGGUACCUCUUCUGCUCCACAGGGCUCCAAACCUGUUCCUGUAAAUAGAAUCAUUAUAUGUGCCUUAGGAAAACGCAUUAAUAAAACUUUCAUCGA